AUGAAUUCUCUACGGCCGUGGACCACACAGGAAACCAAUGUCGCGUUUGCCUUGUUCGAAGAGUUGCGAGAAACCGACAAGGUUGUCAGACUUACGGAAAUUGCGUGGAAGGUGAAGAGCUUCCUCGAGGUCAUGGCCAGGGAGUCCGAUACCACUGCCUUUUCCUAUAGGCAAGUGUACAACAAACUCGUGUUCCAAGGCAUGAAGAUCUUUCCCAAGCCGAAAAAAGCGACAGAAGCCCUCCUCGAGUUCGGAUUGUUUGCCAGCUUCUCUGAGUCCCAACGUGGUCAGAUGAGGAAGGACCUUCAGGCCGCACGACAACUAUUGAGGGGGUGUGCCGACGGCAACGACGGCAACCCAUGCGAGGAGACUCUACCUGAAAGGGGAAGACAAGUUAUCCACUUAGCUCUCAUCAUCAACUAA